AGAGCAGAAAGAAGGUUGAUUCUCAGCAGAUGGAGAAUUCAGCAGAAAUAAUCUGGCAAAAGAAGAAAAAUUCUUUAGAAUACGAAACCAAAAUUGAUCAUCGCAAGAGUUUAGCUUGGGACAGCGCCUUCUUCACAAGUCCUGGAAUUCUGGAUCCUGAAGAAUUGUUUGAGGGACUGAAUUUUCGGGAUGUGGCUUCCGAGUCCCUGGAGCAAGAAAGAACAAAGAGGAAUUGUGAGAUUAACACGCGUAGAAGUUUAGCAUGGGAUAGUGCCUUCUUUACAAGUGCUGGAGUUCUGGAUCCUGAAGAGUUGUGUUUGGUAAAUAAAGGAUUUAAAAAGUGUGAAACACGUCUAAUCCCUGAAAUUGAAAAAAAUAUUUGGAGUUCUGCUGAAUCAAACUCCCUGAUAAAUAGUGCUAGUUCCUCACUGGCAAGCCUGGAGAUUGAUUUGUUUGAUGAUUCAAAACCAUCCGUAUGUGAAAUGAGUAAUGCAACCAAUGUUACGGCUUCUAGUUGCAUAUUGGGAAGAGAAAAUGGCUUGCAAAAUACCCAGUGUGAGUUCACUGCUGAGGAACUGAAAGUUCUAGCAAGAUUUUUUUAA